AUGACGAACACCGUCACGUCGACGUUUUGCAGUCGCCGAGUCGGAGGCCAUCCCACAUUUGACAGAGGCGUAAAGAUGACCGCCUCGGACAAGUAUACGUAUCAGCGGACUGUGCUCUGCUUAGCGCGCGUGCUGGCUGGCAUACGGCCCACCCCUUGGGACAAGGUGCAGACAUUGUUCCGCUACUGUCCGCAGGAGAAUGCAUCAGGCGUCUUUUGCUUGGACUCCAGAGCGCAAGAUGCGGUCAUCGCAUUGGGCAUUUACUUCCUGGAAGGCGGCUGCCAGCAUGAGUCACAGAUAGUGCCCUAUCUGCUGCGUUUGGCCAAGAGCCUGCCCAAGGCACGAAUACACGAUGAGCGUAAUAGCAAAGUCGAGCGUGUACGCAUACCCGCAGCAGAGAAAUUUAGUUUCUGCUUGAACACGAUGCUCUCGGACAUAGCCGCCAAGUGUCCGGAUUUGCGAGAGGAGAUCAUUCUCAACCAGGUGGAAACGCUGGGCACGCUUGCUAAUAUUGUGAAGCCCAGCAAGGAUACGAGCAACUCCACACCAUCGCCUAUAGUUCUGUGCAAUGCGACGGUGCCGCUGCUCUUUGGUUUGGCUCGAUCGAUGGGUCGCUAUGCCAGCAACAAUCCACCGUUGUUGUGUCGCAUAUUUCCGCCCGAACAGCUGCCCAUACAGCGCGCCAGCGCCGGCGGCAAUGGCCACUGUGGCGCCGGUGGCUCAUUCAGCAGCAGCGAACGACUGGCGACCACGCAAUUUCGACCAAUCAUACCCCGUUCAAUGUCGGGCAGCCUGGCCCACAGUAGCAUCCAGGCUGAUGAAAGUCGUAUGCGUUCAGCGGUCAGCAAGCAAAAGCCAUCACUGCAAAGCUACUUCUCGGUACCCUACGAUCCGCGCACCCACUUCUUUACACGCUAUGGCUCCAGCUUUAAUCAGUUUCCGCACAUGCGUGUCAACCUGUGCGAAUCGCCUGGCAAAACUGGUCCGAAGCAGCUGUACCGUGUGCCGCCAUUUCCCAUACAGCAUCUGCAGACCAUCUUUGCGGUCUCCAAGAAGCUGCUAACCAAAGACACGCUAGAGUAUUUGGAUGAGCUGGGCAGCGAUAUAUUCUCGAUGCAUUUGAAAAAUGGCAAUUGCUACAAGAGCUUCUCGGAGAUGCUGAAUCUGGUGUUGGUCACACUGUUGCGGGAGCUGCUGCAGCAUCAGAUCGAUCUGCCUACACCCUUCACCAAGGAUGUUCAGGAGUUUGUCAAGCGUCUCUUUCUGAACGGCCAAACGGAGCUGCAAAACAAACAGCAGGACCAGGAGCGCGAACGUCGCGAAGAGAACGGCAUUGCUGUCGUCAACAAGUACAAGAUCAAUGUGAUGGCCAAUGCAGCCUGUGUGGACCUGCUCGUCUGGGCCAUACGCGACGAGACGGUUGACGUCGACUAUAACGUGCCGUCCUUGCAAAAUGGCUUGCAUUUUUUAUUGAAGAAAGAGGCGGACAAGCUGUGCGGACGCUUGUCUCAGAAGCUGAAUCUGGUGCUCAGCCAUAAGAUCGUUAUGGAUCAUAUGCCGCUGCUGAUGGUCUGCUUGGAGGGCUUGGGCAAGCUGGCACAGAAAUUUCCGAACAUUGCCGGCACAUCUAUAUCGUAUUUACGCGACUUUCUCGUCGAUCCCAGUCCGAUAUUGGGCAAACUGCAUGCGCAUGCCAUGCAGACGAUGGCUCUGCAGAAGAAGGAGAAGGAGCUGACGCCAUUCAAAAUAGUUGUACAGCACUCGGAUUCGCGUUCGAUUGUCGACAUCUUUGGCGAUAAUCAGAAACAGCCCGGCACCGGUCGCAGCGGCUAUGCGGCCUUCGAGGCACUGCGUGAUGCUGCAAUUGAGAAUCUAUCGAUUGCUCUACGUGCAGCCCAUACGCUCGACCAGUUCUGUGUUCCCGCUCUGGUGGCAAACGUAUCAAAUCGUCUCUUCACGGCAGAGAAGCACGAGAGCGAAUCGACUCUAGUCAGCCUGAAUAUUAUUGUGAUGCUGGGCCAUGUGGCUGUGGCGCUGAAGGACACCUCGAAGACAACCCAGAAUAUAUUGCAGUUCUUCAUACAGCGCUUCUGCAAGGUGCCGUCGGAGCAGAAUGCAUUGAUUGUCGACCAGCUCGGCUGCAUGAUCAUAUCGCAGUGUGAAACGCACAUUUUCGAUGAGAUCAUGAAGAUGUUUUCGCGCGUCACGGUGCAGUCUGCAUCGCUGGCAUACACCUCAGAUCCGGAGCAUCGGAAGCAGUUCCAUCAUGUGUCGGAUGCUGUAGUCAAUGCGCUUGGCAACAUUGCGGCCAACAUACAGGGCGACUCGGAGAUGCUUGAGCUGUUGGGCAAACUGUUGGAGCUGUUUGUACAAAUUGGACUCGAUGGCGAGCGCUCGUAUGACAAUACACCGGGUGCCCAAAAGGCUAGCUCACGUGCCGGCAACUUGGGCAUGCUUAUACCAGUCAUCGCUGUGCUCAUGCGCCGCCUGCCACCCAUUAAGAAUCCGCGCCAGCGCCUGCAUAAGCUCUUUCGGGACUUCUGGGCCUACUGUGUGGUCAUGGGCUUCACAAAUGCUCGCCUCUGGCCAGCCGAUUGGUAUCAGGGCGUGCAGCAAAUAGCUGCCAAAUCGCCGCUGCUCAUCUCCCAAACGGCACACAAAUCGGAUAUGCGCGAACUCAACUAUACGCUGGCCAUCAAAAGCGACUCGGUUAACGAGCUGCGCAGCCAGAUCCUGAUGCUGCUCGAGAACUCCUCCGACAAUGUGGCCGCUUCCAUUAACAAGCUUAGCUUUGCCCAAUGCACGUACCUGCUCAGUGUCUACUGGCUGGAGAUGCUGCGCGUUGAGAACGCAGACGAGCCCAGCCUGGAGCCCAUAUUGAGCUACCUCUGUGACACGGCACUCCAAAAGGACAAAACGGGCAUUUGGCAGUGCGUCAAGUGUGUGGCGGAUCAGGUGUUCGAAAAGUUCCGCAAUGUGCUGUAUGCCCACGACGAGAUCAGGGAGAAGGUGCUGGAAUCGCAGGCCACGCUGCUGCUGGUCUACUUCAAUCAUAUACACAAGCAGAUCCAACUUGUGGCGGAUCAGUAUCUGUCGCAGCUGGUGGAUCGUUUUCCGCAUCUGCUGUGGAAUCGCCGUGUGUUGUGGUGCAUGCUGGACAUUUUGCAGCUGCUGGCGUAUUCACUGUCGCUGGAUCCCAAUGAAGAGACGCCCACGUUGCGUGUCGUGUCGACUCCGUAUACGCUGCAAUUGAUGGACUCGCUGCCGGCGCGCGAGCUGCGACUCAAGGACUUCGCCGAUCGCUGUCAGGGCAUUGUGAACGAGGCCAUGAAAUGGGCGCCUCGCUCGACACGCUCCCAUUUGCAGGAGUAUCCCAAUCAGAUACCCACGCCCGUGCUAGCCCAUCACAGUGGUCUGGCACUAGCAUUCGACUCGGUGGUGAACAGCAGCACCCUGCAUCCGGGCAACACGCUGAGCACGCUCAGCAAGCGGCCCAGUUGCGUCAACUCGGAUACGCCGCGCUUUGUCUCCGUGCUCUGCUUGCGCAGCAAAUACGCCGGCGAAAUAAGCGGCCUGCUGUCCGUGCUGAGUGAGCAGGACAAGGUUGGCCUGGCCGAUCGACUGGUCAGCGACGUGUGGGGCGCCUGUGCCGAGAAGAGCGACGCAAGGCACCGCGGCGCCUUGUGGCGUGCCACCGCCUACCUCAUCAUCUGUGCAGAGAUCGACCGCAAGCUGUUGCAUGCGGUGGCCAGCUCGCAGCUAGAGCUCUUCACAGAGUCCGCCAUGGAGACCGCUGUCGAGUGUUGGCAAUGGGUGCUGACGGCACGGCAAGAUCUCGAGCUGUGCUUCAUACAGGAAAUGGUGAGCGCGUGGCAGACAACGUUCGAGAAGCGCAUGGGUCUGUUUGCCUGGGAAGUGGAAGUCACGCAUCCGCUGGCUGCCUACGAGGGCUGCAAGCUGAUCAGCAAGCCUAUAUUGAUAGCGCCGCAUCUGAUCUGGCUGCAGCUGCUCUCCGAAAUGGUGGACACGGCCAAAUACUGCAAUCGCGACAAGGUGGAAAUGUUCUGCCUGCUCUUGCAUCGCUGUCUGCCCAUCCUGAAGAGCAGCCGACAGAAUCGACAAGUCGCCACCGUUGGCUGUCGCUUCAAGCUGCUGCAGUGCGGCCUGUCCCUGCUCCAGGGCAACACGAUACCCAAAUCAUUGGCGCGCAACAUAUUGCGCGAACGCAUCUACUCCAAUGCCCUCGACUAUUUCUGUGGCCCGCCCACCUGCCCGAACCAGAGCCGAGAGCAGCUGCUGGAGGAUAUACUCAUAUUGCUCAAGUUCUGGCAGACGAUGCGCAGCGAGAAGAAGCACCUGGUUACCUCGGAGGUGGGCGACUAUGAUAUCACCAGCGCCUCGGUCAGCUCAACGCAGAUGCUGGCAGUACGCAACAAUCCGGAGACCGCAUCACUUAUCAGCGGCGGCGCUGACUACGCGCGCUCCAUGAGCGCCACAGGGAAUACGGGUGGAUGGUAUAACACCAUACCGCAUUCGACGUCGACAUUGUCGAAGCGCUCGAACCGCUCGAAACGGCUGCAAUAUCAAAAGGACUCAUACGACAAGGACUACAUGAAGAAACGCAAUCUAAUUCUCGAGCUGCUGGCCGUCGAAUUGGAGUUUCUGAUUACCUGGUACAAUCCGAACAGUCUCACCGAUUUGAUAGUGCCAGGCGAGGAACAGAUCACGGAGUGGCGCAGUCGUCCGUAUAAGCCAAAUGUGUGGCGUGACUAUGCGCGCUUGGCGUGGUGCUAUAAUCCGGCUCUGGCUGUCUUUUUGCCGCAGCGCAUCAAGAAUGCGGAAACCAUUGACGAGGAGGUGUCGCGUUUGGUCUGCUCAGACCCGAUUGCCGUGUGUCAUAUACCCGAGGCCCUGAAGUACUUGUGCACCACCAAGAACUUGCUGCAGGAGAGUCCCGAUCUGGUCUACAUACUGUCCUGGUCGGCGGUGACGCCCAUACAGGCGUUGUCCUACUUCUCACGGCAGUAUCCUUCGCAUCCGCUAACUGCUCAAUAUGCGGUCAAGACGUUGAGCUCAUAUCCAGCCGAAUCGGUGCUUCCAUAUAUACCGCAAUUGGUGCAGGCGCUGCGCCACGAUACGAUGGGCUAUGUAGUUGAGUUCAUCAAGAACAUAUCGAAGCGAUCGCAGAUUGUGGCCCACCAGCUCAUUUGGAAUAUGCAAACGAACAUGUACAUGGACGAGGAUCAGCUGCAUCGCGAUCCCAACUUGUAUGAGGCAUUAGAUCUGCUGUCGCAGAACAUAAUUGGCUCCUUCUCCGGUGCCGCGAAACGUUUUUAUGAACGUGAAUUUGAUUUCUUUGGCAAAAUCACGGCCGUCUCCGGCGAGAUACGCUCCUUUCCCAAAGGCAGUGAACGCAAGAACGCAUGCUUGGCAGCUCUCAAUCGGAUCAAGGUGCAAUCCGGCUGCUAUUUGCCAUCCAAUCCAGAGGCAAUGGUGCUGGAUAUUGAGUAUAGCAGCGGCACACCCAUGCAGAGUGCUGCUAAGGCGCCGUAUUUGGCACGUUUCCGCGUCUAUCGCUGUGGCAUCACCGAGCUAGAGACACGCGCCAUGGAGGUAUCUAAUAACCCGAACUCACAGGAGGAUGCGCACAUGACGCUCGGCGUGGAGUCGUGGCAGGCGGCCAUUUUCAAAGUGGGCGACGAUGUGCGCCAGGACAUGCUGGCCCUGCAGGUGAUCACCAUAUUCAAGAAUAUCUUUCAGCAAGUGGGCCUGGAUCUGUUUCUGUUCCCCUAUCGUGUUGUGGCCACAGCACCAGGCUGCGGCGUCAUUGAGUGUGUGCCCAAUGCGAAGUCGCGCGAUCAGCUUGGCAGGCAAACAGACUCCGGCCUAUCCGAGUACUUCCAGCAUCAGUAUGGCGACGAGAGCUCCAAGGAGUUUCAGGCAGCGCGAGCCAAUUUCGUUAAAUCAAUGGCCGCCUAUUCGCUAAUUGGUUAUCUGCUGCAGAUCAAGGAUCGUCACAAUGGCAAUAUCAUGAUCGACAAGGAUGGUCACAUCAUUCACAUAGAUUUUGGCUUUAUGUUUGAGUCGUCGCCGGGCGGCAACAUUGGCUUCGAGCCGGAUAUGAAGCUAACCGACGAGAUGGUCAUGAUAAUGGGCGGCAAAAUGGAGGCACCGGUCUUCAAAUGGUUCUGUGAGCUGUGCGUGCAAGCCUUCUUGGCCGUACGACCGUAUCAGGAUGCGAUCGUAUCCCUAGUCUCGCUAAUGCUCGACACUGGACUACCCUGCUUUCGCGGCCAGACGAUUAAUCUGCUGAAGCAGCGUUUCGUGGCUACAAAGAACAACAAGGAGGCGGCUGCCCACAUGCUGGCUGUUAUACGCAAUUCAUACCAGAACUUACGUACGCGUACCUACGACAUGAUCCAGUACUAUCAGAAUCAGAUACCCUACUAGUGGAUUAGUUGGAUAAUUUUUGGAUUUUAGGAUUUGGUGUUUUUGGGUCUUAUGUGGGAUGUCAUGUUAGCCAAAUGCUGUAUUAUUAUAGUAA